AUGAUCCAACCAAGACGAGUUAUCUUCUGGAUUUUCUGCCUCUUAUUGCUUACCACUGUCAAGGGUCAAUACAACUCCGAAGAAGACAUCGACCGAAGGGGACCCCUACAGGCGUUGCGAGAAAAGUUUGAUGAAUUGCCCAGUGGAGCCAAGGUGGCAACAUCGGCGGGGGCUGGAUUUGUCACGUCUCGUGUAGCUCUCAAGACUUUUGUCAGUGCGGCAAAAGUGGCGGGAGCUGCCUUUAUUGCCACCGAAGUCCUGUCCGUCUCUGGAGUUCUGGACAACAUGCCUGACUUUCUGGAAGAUCAAGUCCAAUCCGCCAAAAAUGUCAAGGAUCGAUGCCUCAUGGAAGCCAAUAAGUUGCGCAAGGGGUUUCGGGAGACUCUGCAAAAAGAAAAACUAGCUGGUCUGGGAUUUGCCUGUGGUGCCUUCGUGGGAAUGGCGGUGUAG